GCCCGGCUUUGUGCCGGACAUCUCGCCUUGGAGAAGCGGGCUGAGUUCUUCGGGACGAUCUCCGAUGAAGUCGCCGAGGAGGUGUCCAAGCUGCAGGAAUCCAUCGAGAGGAGUCGGUGGGCGCUGGAAGACAAGAUGGCCCCUGCUGAGGUUGGUGAGGAUCCAAGCCAGGGCGAGCCGUCAGAUCCCUUCUUGGAGGCAGAUGACGGAGAGCUCGCUUCCUUCUUGGCCUUCCAGGAAUCCGAGGCAGACCUUGUGAGGAAUGCCUUGUCAGCUUUCCGCUCGCACAACGAAGCAGUCGUGCAACGAUUCGCAGACGAGGGCGAACAGGCCAGAGAAUGUUCAGGGUACAUAUACAACUCGGCUAGCUGCACCAGUCGCCGGUCAACUGAUGGGCACCACAUAGACAUCGUAGAACUCUCUGGACUCAGCUGCACUACCGAUCCCAAUGUUGCACUCGCAGGAUGA